AUGCCUCGUACAACUACAGUGGAGUGCCCUGGUUGCCCUCCAAUUCGAGUCCUAACCUUCGAUGUUCUUGGUCUUGUUAAAGUUGUUGAAGCUCGUGCUAAGCAAGGAGGAGUUCCUAAGGUGGUGGAGAGAUGGGGUGAGCCAGACACCUCGAGACAUGUCCUCGCCGCGUCGAUUAAUGACAGUAAAUUUGACCCGUUAUUAGCUGUUGCAAGGAAAAGUGGUGUGACUGAGGUGCUUAAUCCUAUAAAUGGGGAUCUUCGUGGUUUAGUUCCUAGUGUUUGUCAAUCUGACGUUCAACCUGAAGAUGAUGCCAUUGUUGGGUUGCAUUUAUUCAAGAAACAGAUAUCAGAUUCAUCAUCCAGUUCCGGUAAUAUUGUGUGCUCUAAAGUGGAUGGAAGUGAAAAUUAUGCUUUAUUUGGAGGGAAGGGAGUUGAAGCUAAUGUGUGGGAUCUUGACAAGUGUACGAAAAUCUGGACUGCGAAAUCACCUCCUAAAAACAGCCUUGGUAUAUUUACGCCAACUUGGUUUACAUCUGCAACAUUCAUUAGUAAAGAUGAUCACCGUAAAUUUGUGACAGGCACCAACAACCAUCAGGUGCGUCUCUAUGAUAUUUCUGCUCAGAGAAGACCCGUUAUGUCAUUUGAUUUUCGAGAGACCACCAUUAAAGCAGUUGCUGAAGACUUGGAUGGUCAGACUGUAUAUAUAGGGAAUGGGUCUGGUGACCUUGCUUCUGUUGACAUGCGCACAGGUAUACAGUACUGUCAACAUGUAUUGACCUGA